UCGUGUUUCGGUGAACGAUACUCGAAUGGGAGUGGAAGUCCCCGAAUAAUAAGAGUUUCAAAGACUCGUCGACGACGGGAGAGAUACAGAACGUUCACGACACCGCGAUCAUCGUUCCUGACCGUGAUAAUCGCUGCGGAACGCGACCGAGAACUUUUAAAAACACUCUAGCGACUGGAAGGUCUCGGGAAGUCCCGAAAGCGACGAGGCCGAUUGGCCGGCAAACCAGCACCGUCAGCGUUAUUACGGCGUCGCGACGCUCUUACCGAUGUUGUAUCGCUCGGUUCCUCGCUGCGACAGCAACCGGAGUAUCGUCAGAGAGUUAAAUAAAAAUUGAAAGAAGCGCGAAACGCGCAGGGUGUUAUUUUGAUAUUGAAAAAGAAAUUCAAUCGGAAGGAUAAAGCUUCAAAGAUAUUCCAAGAACCAAGAAGUUCUCGUUAUUGCGGAUAUCUAACCAGGAAAUCUGCAGAAAGUCUAACGAUUUUCCAUAAAAUCAUCCAGUCUAUCCAAAGACAUAAGAGACAAUGGGCGUGGAAGAGGCAACCACCAAGAAGAUCUCAGGGGACGGUCUCUCCCUGAAACUCCAUUCGAAUAAACAAAUUCUGGAGAUCACCGGUGAUGGAUGCAACAUCAGUGUUAAUAAAAAUUCUGGAAGCGUGAAGAUCAUCGGCGAUGGUUGUCGAUUGAGGAUAGACGAGAACACGGGAGAGGUGGAGUACACCGGUGACGGUGGGCGGGUGCUGUUGGGUGCGAAAUCCAUCAAGGACAAGGUGAAGUACACCGGCGAUGGGGGAAGAAUUACCUUCGACGGUGAAUCGAGGACCAAGGGUCGGAAGUUUGAGCAACCCUUUGAUAAAUUUGAUAAAAUGGACGGGGGGAAGGAAGGGUGUCCGAAGGGUGCCGAAGAGAUGGAGAACGUUUUGAACGCCGAAAAGGAAGCAAAGGGGAAAGAGAAGAAGAGAGCGAGGAUCGUCACCACGUUUCAAUUUGACGAGAAACUUAUAGAGAAGUGGUUUGCGAGUCCUAACCAGGUGGUCAAGUCGUUCGAUGGUGCCUCUUUCGUGAAGGUCGUGCCGAAACAGAGGAAGACCACGAUCGAGGUUAAAUGAAAGUGAAUGUGACUUGAUGAAUAGAGAUAUGCAUUGAGAAAUAAUUAUAUUGGGGACUUGGAAUGGGGUCAAAGUUAAAAACAGACUAUUGCCAUUUGGUAAUUCUAAAAAUUUGAAAGAUGAAAUGUUAAAAGUGAAUUUCAGUCAAUUUGAGAAAUUUUCAAGUGAAUUGUUUUAAUUAUAAUAACAAGUAUUAAAACAACGCUGUAAUGCUUUAGAGGCGUGUGUUUAACUACAGUUCCUAUUGUAAAACACGUGUUUCCAUUUUGAGUUUUUGCAAAAAUCCUAGCGAAAAACGCUAUGUAUGUACUUAUUUAUCAAUUGCUUUCGAAGGAAACGCGUGUCUAAUGAACCUGAGCGUGAGAUAACAUAUUCAAUGUUACAUGUAUUUUCUAGAUUAUUUAAAAGUUCAUUACGCCGAUGAUCAGCCAUAUUUAUACACGAUUCAGCAGUAUUUUUUGUUCUCACAUAAUCAACGUCGGCAUUGUGAAGCUAUAAUGAAAUGGGUUAGUAAUUAUUAAAUAUUUUAUUUAUUUCUACAUCAUUAGUUAAGUUAAUAACGAGACAGUAUUUCGUCGAGCUUAUCGAUCGACGCGUCCUAUAAUUAAUUUAUUUAAUUGAUUGUGAAAUAAAAAAUUUACAAAUA